UGGACUGCUCACAAACAGCCUCCAGUAUGCAAGUCACUGCCAGCUCUGUCUCUGUGUGUGCUGCAGCCCAGGGCCGUAACUAGGGUGGGACAAGAGAGGCAGCCACCCAGGGCUCAGAGCUGGUGAGGGUGUAAAAAUGGGACUGCAUGCAGGAUUGGGACCAGCGGCAUCGCCACCAUCUCUCCCACAGGAUCAGGCCUAGCAGUGUUGGGCCCAGGAACGCCAGCCGGAGCAUGUUCUCUCCAGCACAAGGACUGCGGUGGGGGCGUCAGGCAAUCAGGACAUGGAAGAUGAUUCUGCUGACUGCAUUCCUUGGCCUGGCUGCUGUGCUGCAGCCAUCCACCGGACAGACUCCAGAUUUAGCUUCUCUGUCAACUGACAACACAAAUCAACAAAAGGAGAUUGUUGACAAGCACAAUGCCUUAAGGAGACGGGUGAUGCCAACCGCUAGCAACAUGCUGAGGAUGGAAUGGAGUCCUGCAGCUGCAAGGAAUGCCAAGAGUUGGGCAAAUGAAUGUACUUUAUACCACAGUCCCCAAAACAAAAGGACAACUACAGUGGGCUGUGGUGAAAAUCUCUACAUGUCAACUGCACCCAAUUCCUGGUCAAAUGUAAUUCAAGGCUGGUACAAUGAGGUGGAACAUUUCAUAUAUGGCAUUGGGUCAACCAUACCAGAUGCAAUGAUUGGCCAUUAUACUCAGGUGGUUUGGUACAGGUCUUACCAGAUUGGUUGUGCAAUUGCGUUUUGUCCUCAGAGAUUUUACAAAUACUAUUACGUUUGCCAUUACUGCCCUGCGGGGAAUUACAGAAACAUAAUAAACACACCUUACAAAUCAGGGCCAGUGUGUGGAGAUUGCCCUAAUGCUUGUGACAACGGACUAUGCACCAAUCCUUGUAAGUAUGUGGACGUUUACUCAAACUGUCCGGAUUUAAAAGUGUUCCCUGGAUGUACAAACUCCAGGAUCAAUUCAAUAUGUCCUGCCUCCUGCCGUUGCACCACUGAAAUAAAAUAACAGCCUCUGAUUCCUCCCUUCAUGGAAAUUCUUCUUUUUAAUGACAGCAUCUUUUAGAAAAUCAAGGUCCCAUCUUGCAGCCCUUAUCUAUGAAAUCCUACUGACUUCAAUGGG